CUUUUUUUUGUUCCAACGAGAAGACUGAUCGCAAAGAGUUUCCUUGUGCUCAUUUCCACUUCCCUCAGUCUUCAUUAUUGCUCCAAUUAGUCACUCAUUGGAAACACUGGAGGGAACAUUAGAGACCAGCAACCCCCUGGGACGAACAUCAAGGGGCGGCUCUCAGUAGAGACCCUUUGUCACAAACUUGAGAGAAAAAAAGCCACUCAAACAAGUGUAUCAAGCAGUAGAGUCUGCGGAGAGAGGGGGCGAGAAGUUGCUGCUUUUGCUACUGAGGGAGAAAUAAUCACAAUGUUGCCUUCUCAUGAAUUAUUAAGCAGCCCCAGCUUCUUUUAGCACUGGUCUAAAUGCUGCAUUUCUAUCCAUGGGUCUGAAGCGGAGAGCAAGGGUGUUUUUAUGACAGCUGUAUUACUGCUGAUAAGCAAGACUCAGCUAGCUGAUCAAGUAGUGAGACAAGGAGCUCGCGCAGGAACUGCAAGCAGCAGCACAGUUCUUUUUUUCUUCUUGUAGUUGGGAUCUGUUUAGAAGACAAAAGGUAAGGGGAGAAAAAAAAAAAAGCAAGGUUGAUAGCUGUUAUCAAAGAAACCAGACGCAGACCUGGCUGCCCACAUGCCGAUCGAAUUUGUUUGCAAAAUUAAAUUUGCAGAGGAGGAUGAGAAGCAGAAGGGAAAGCAGGAAGGGGACAAGGAGAGCCUGAUUGAGGAGACCUGUACACCUCCAACCAAGGACCUGGCUGGCUUUGCAAACUCCUGCACCCUCCAUGGGAUUAAUCAUAUCCUUGUUUCAGGGCGGCUAGGCAUCAAGCAGACCCUUUGGGCACUGACCUUUGUGGUGUCUCUAGCAUUGUUUUUGUACCAGGCAGCUAAGUGUGCCAUGUUUUACUUGGAGCACCCCCACGUAACGGCACUGGAUGAGGAGGCUAGCCGGGAGAUGGUCUUCCCUGCCGUGACCAUCUGUAACAUCAACCGCUUUCGCUUUUCUGCACUCACCGACGCUGACAUUUACCACCUAACUAACUUGACUGGACUACCCCCAAAGAACAAGGAUGGGCACAAAGCCACAGAUUUGGUGUACCCUGACCCCAACAUGGAAGACAUCUUUAACAGGACAGGGCACCAGAUGGAGGACAUGCUGAAGAGCUGUAAUUUUAGUGGGGAGAACUGCUCUGCCAAAGACUUUUCAGUGGUGUACACGAGAUAUGGGAAAUGUUACACUUUCAAUGCAAACAAAUCAUCAUCAUCAAAGAAAGCAAAGCAAGGUGGUAUGGGGAAUGGCCUUGAGAUAAUGCUGGACAUUCAACAAGAGGAAUACCUGCCCAUCUGGAGAGAAACAAAUGAAACAUCAUUAGAAGCAGGGAUCCGAGUUCAGAUUCACAGUCAAGAUGAACCUCCUUACAUCCAUCAACUCGGGUUUGGGGUCUCACCAGGAUUUCAGACAUUUGUUUCAUGUCAGGAACAAAGGCUGACAUACCUGCCUGAGCCCUGGGGAAAGUGCCGCCCCACUGCAGAGCCAACUAUUCCCGGGUAUAACUACAGCAUCAGCGCCUGCCGCCUCAAGUGUGAGAAAGAGGAAGUGUACAGAAAAUGCAGCUGCAGGAUGGUUCAUGUGCCAGGUGAUGAAAAAAUCUGCUCUCCCCAUGAUUACACAGAGUGUGUUGACAAUGCACUAACUGAAAUUAUAAAGAACACUGAAGAGUCCAGUACUUGCACCUGUGAAACUCCAUGUGACUUGAUCCGUUACGGGAAGGAGCUUUCAAUGGUAAAAAUUCCCAGCAAAGGAUCUGCUCGCUACUUAUCAAAAAAAUACAAGCACUCUGAGGAGUACAUCAGAGACAAUUUUCUGGUUUUGGAUAUUUUCUUUGAAGCCCUUAAUUAUGAAAAAAUUGAACAGAAGAAAGCAUAUGAUAUGGCAGGCUUGCUGGGUGACAUUGGAGGUCAAAUGGGAUUGUUUAUUGGGGCGAGCAUUCUUACAAUUUUGGAAAUACUGGAUUACAUCUUUGAGGUGGCUAGAGAUAAAGUUCACCGGCUUGUAAAACCACGGAAAGAUCCCACCAAGAAGCAGUCUGACAGUGUAGUAACAUUGGGGUUGGGUAAUAUGAAAAGCCCAGAUUCUUGUGAAACACAGAGGAGCCACCCAGGAGGAGAGUACUCUGGCGCUAUACUCCCUAACCACCAUCACCACCACUCUCACCGUAGGGUUUUUGAGGAUUUUGCCUGCUGAAACAGCAGGAAUUAUGGCCUCAACAAGCACUGUUUUCAUGCUGGAGUUGGGCCUUAUUAGCCUUUGGGCUGAAGAUAUCAGCUCUACCUUUUUGCUGUCAUGAGUGAAAGCUACAGCCAAAGUCUAGCACCAAGCUUGUGCUGCAAACAGACCUCUUUUACAAAGGCACAGAUUGGAUUACACCAAGUGAUCCUACUGAAGACAUCUACCUUUUUUGAAAAAUAAUAUAUUAGUUAUUUUACCAUUUCGAUACGGUAAAUAUUGUUAUGGUCAGCAUUGAGAAAAACAGGGUGUACAUUAUCAAGGAACAGUCUGUACUUUAAAUGACCCUUGACCUAUGAAUAUGUAUUGCAGACAGUGGUUGUUGUAAUUCAUUGUUUGCAUAUUUAUGGAAUUUUUUGUACUUUUUAUUAUUUAGUAAUUUAAUUACCUUAAUUGAUUUUUGUAGAGGUUCAUGUAAAGCAUACACUGUCCAUGUGCAUUGUUCAGAUGGAGAGGGAAAGUAAAAUACUUGCUUUGAGAGUCAUAAUGCUGCCACUCAAAAUGAAAGCUGUUUGUGGACUACACAAAGCUAUGGAGAUAAGAAUGAAAUGUUCCACAUUCUUAAUUAAUCAAAGCAUUGAAAUACUUUGUUUUUAUUUUAACAUAAUCAAAUAUGAAAAGAAAAAAACUAUAGGUAUUGUAUUAUUUUAUAUUUUGUAAUGCUCUUUAUAAAUAGGAAAAGACACAUUUUUAAAAUGUACUUCAGUCACUUGGAAGUCUUACAUAUUACCUGUUGAAAAAUGUUUCAGAUCUGAUUGAUCUGCCCACAAAAAAAAACUAACAAAAUCCAUGCAGAUAAUUUAUGAAAUCUACGAAUUGCAGUUAGUUUGAAUGGAAGAGGUGAUUUACAAGAAGGACCGAAAGGUAGCAGCAUGGGGAUUGUUGCUUUUAUUGCACUGUAGCAGGAUAGUGUCAGAAAUAAGACUCAGAGUCAGGAAAAGCUGCAGUUUAAGCAUGUAUGUGAACGUUUAUUUGACAAACACAAAACCAAGGAACAAACAAACUGGCACGAGGGCCAAAAUAAAGAUUCAUCCAAAACAAGCAAACGUAGGCUUGCCAUUCGUCUUCACUGCUCAGUUACACACAGUUACACACACCUAACUGCCUUUUCCUACGCAAAGCACUUCUCCUUGUAUACAGGUGGCCAUUUUCCAAUUAGCACUCAGUUACCUAACUGGAGAAUGGCCACACCUGUGAUUGCUGGCAGGGACAGAAUUAACCCCAUCCCUGCCAACCUUACUUUCCCAAACACACUAUUUACACAAGUAGGGCUUUUACCUUGCCACACAGUCAGUUUUCAAAUUGUUGUUCAAAUAUGUAUGAGUGUGCCUGAGAUAUGAGAUUUGAACAAUUUCUAACACUGUAGGUAUUACAAAUUAUCCUUUGGAAGAAAAUAGGUAAUUACAGCGAUGGAUGACUUUUUGGUCAAUCUGUAUAGAUGAGCCAGUUAAAUAUAUUCGAUGUAGGCCCUUCCAAAAGAUCAAAGUCCUAUUUUGUUAAGAGAAAAUGUAUAAAUAAAACUAUAUGGAUGAAUUAAUGGAUGAAAGGGCAGUGAAUUGAAUUACUGCAUUCUAUUUUAACUGAUCCUCCAUGUGUGCAUUAGGGGUAAAAACAGAAGCCCAUUAUUGUUAAUUUAGUAGUUUCACUCUUUCAGUAAAUUAAAUUGGCAGUCUGAACAAGUUCUCUGUGCAUAUCAAUUCAGAUUUACUGCCAGUUACACUUAUUUACACAAAUCUUUGUCGGAGACAGGUCAGACAAAGUAGAUCAUAAUCAAGGAUAAAUUGAAUAGUCAUUUUUUCCAGCCUCGUUUUUGCAGAUGUGAGUUUUAUUUUUAUCAAUUUGGCAUGAGUUACGUAUUUUUAUAAUCCGUCUUUGUUUAGUAGAUGGCAAAUGAGAGAACAGUAUAUAUCUGUAGAUCAUUAUAAACAAGCAUAGCAUGUUUAUCAUCAUAUACACUGCAUUUUAACAUUUAGAAAUCAUAUACGUGAAAGUGAUCUUUUAAAAGGUUCUCUAUCAUACGUAAGUCUUUUGGCACAAUAUAUAGUCUAUGCAUAUUUCAGUAAUCUCAUCAGAAUAUAAUCAUAUCUUUCUUUCCGAACAUGAACUGCUAAUGUGGACAUAAUGAAAACUAGCUGAAAAAUAAUGUGCUUUCUGUUGGGUAACUGCCACCUUCCUUUUGGAAAGACCUUUGGAAUGCCCUCUACGAUUCAGCAGUUAACCAUUUGUUGUAUAAAAAAAAUCUUUUUUUUUCAGAGAAGGUAUACAUUUAUUGUGCACCGUAAUUUCUUAAAAUACUUUAUAACUAGGGCUUCUGAUUUUCGGUUUGAACUGAUAAAACCAGAGAAAACACCCGCCGACACACAAAAAAAAUUAAAUCGGUGGAUAGCCAAUAAACACUGGAAAACACCUGAAAGGCUGGGGAAAUGGUUAAUCAAUUCACGUUGACUUGACCCUAUUCCCAUUAAAAAAAAAAAAAAACCUACUACAAAAAUAAUAAUAAAUACAUUUCCCAGUACUGCUGGGCAAAGUCCCGCCUUCUUGACUUGCAUCUAUCAUUGAUUCGUUCUCAAUACUUUAAACCCGCCCCAACUACUGAAUAACAGCACAUUCCUACAUUUCUAUGGAGACUGCGCUUGCGAAUUUUAAAACGAGAUUACAAUCAGGAUGGAGGCUUGUUAGCAGGAUUUCAAGCUGUAUUACAGUUAAGAUACGGAGGAUUUAAAACAGAAUUGUGGCAAAAUGUACGAAAAUGCCUACACACAAAACCCCCAGAAGAAUGUGCCCGUGACCAUAAGGAUUUCGUUGUGGAAGACAGCAAAGUAGGUACAACUUAAGUAUGCAAGUAACUGUUGAGUUACUACUAUACAUAUUUUGACAAAAAAACGCUCAAGCAUUUUGGAAAGUUACCGAAAACACUAAUUUCAUACAGUAUAUCAAUUUACAUAAAACUUGAAAAUAGCUAAAAAAAUAAGCACCGAAAAAUACAACCAAUAAAACCAAAAAACAGAAGCCCUAUUUAUAACACAAAAAUCACUGCCUGGAUGUGUAAACUGGGUUUACACAUCCAAACUAGUCAUUAAUAAUUUUAGUGAUCUAACCUGUUUCUUGGCUAUUGUACAGAUUUGAUAAAAUACAGUUAUUGACCCUUGAUCAUAUUUCUAGGACAGUAGUUCAAUGGUGUAAAAUGUAAUUGUGUUUUCCUUUUGUUGCUGGUUGAAAGUUUGUAUUUGUUUAUUUUGUGAAUUCUGUGGUUGUUCACUCAUUUAUGUGCUGCUUUGUUUAUAGGCUGUAACCCCUACAGUUUAAGAUAUUGCACAAAUUGUAUUAUCCACCGACUAUUCAUGCAUUUUUGUCAAUCUUUUUCUGUACUUGUAUAUUUUCAUUUACAUGAUGUGUUAGAAAGUACAAUAACAAGACUGAAAUGGUUGUAGCUAACAAAAUAAUGUCAUUCGUCAUACUUGUUGUGCACUUGUAUUCAGUGGCUAGGCUUUGAAAGAAACACAUACUACAGCAUAUUAUUUACACUUUAAACUAAAAUAUCUUCAAAAGAUAUUUUAUUGCUGGUGCAAUUAAGAGGCAAGAAGGUCUGUUUAGCACACCUUCUACCUAGUACAGUACCAGAUACUUAUAUGCUUUUAAAAUGAAAAUACAAACGUGUGCUUUUUAAAACUGCACACGUGAGACCCAUAUAGUAGCUAAUGAAACUGCAUGACAGGUAAGAUUUAUGGAGUUAUUUAAUUCGCUAGAAACACUUUAAGCAAGAAACUGUAACAGAGCAGAUAUUUGUGGGGGUACACAGGGAGUUACUGUGAAGGCUGAAAUAAAGAAUUACUGAAACUAAAUAUGUCUUUUAAACAGAGAAAACAAAAUCACAAACAUCUAAUGAGAAAAACCAUGGAAUGGUAAUUGCAGGAAAUGAGUAGUUAAUGCUGUACAGGAGCCUACUGUUGUGACUGUAUAUUAUAUAUUAAACACGUUUUAUAAAUGUAAUGGCAAUUAAAAAUAAACACAUAAAUAAAUAAACAAAUACAAAAAAAAUGAACAUUUCUAUGGCCAAUAUGUGAUGUGUUAAACAGUUACACAAAUAAUAAUUUAAAAAAAAUACGCAAAUCUGUUUCUUGUAAAAAAUGGUGAAAAACCUGUAGAAUGGAUUUAAAAAAAAAUAGGUAACAGUUCAUUGACUGUCUCCAAGUGGUGGUCAAAACUAUAAAUAAAGUACACACAACACGCUGCUGUUUGAAUGACAGUAAUCAUCCAGCGUGAACAAUGAUAGUUAUCACCGACUAUAAAAGACACUGUAAACCAGCUGUAGUGUGUCUACAUUACCUUACUAAUCUAACCUAUAGAACAGAACAUCCCUGACAGCUGCAGGUGAGUCGAUGUAUUUUUAAACUAAUAUGGAAGUAUCAAUUGCAUAUUAUGGCACAACCUUUUCUGUAUAGAGC